CUUCAACUUCCUCUUCUCUUCGCUCCAUUAUCCCGGCUUGCCCGCGCUCCCUCUCUCCCAUCCUCCCAUUGUCCAAUUGAUCUUGUCCCCUCGUUUUCUAUUUUUUUUUUUCCCCCAUCUCUUUCCCCUCCGCUCCCUCGUCCUCUUGCGGGCGGGCCCUGCACAUUCCGCCAACCCAGCGCCGGGUGCAUGAUGAAGCCGGCGUCGUCGCUGCAGAAGACCUACGAUGACUGCUACUUGAUGUGCUCCACCGCCGUCUACUUUGAGGGCCAGCAAAAUGAAGAGGAGGCCUUGAGAUCUUGGCGCUCCGCUCUGGAAACGAUCUACUAUCAUAACGCUUAUCGAGUCCCCUCCAAGUAUACCCCCAAGAACGAGACCGAGCGCGCCCUACAGGACUCGAUCCGCCAGCUCGAACUUCAAUGCCGCGAGCGGGUCGAUCUCCUCCAGGCCCUCCGCGACAGCAGAAAGGACUCCUCGGGACGAUCCCCUCCUCCUCGCACCACCCCCGGCUGGAUUGGCGACGGGACCGUCCCCGCGGUCGGAUAUACCGAUCUCUCCAAACCCCCCACCAUCCCCGGUCGCCCGGCCCCAUCCACCGCCGUCAGCUCCGAGUCGAUCAGGAACGAUACCGCCAGUGCUGCUGCGUCAUCCCCGGCCGUUCCCAUCCCCGCACGGCGCACGCAGUCGCAUUCCUCGAGCAAGACCGACUCCCGCACCCCCAGUCCCGACCGGCGGAAGAUCAUGCCCUUCACCCUGCGUACCAGUGAUUUCAAGAAAUUGGGAAAGAAGAAAGACAGCUCCCGUCGGCGCGAGCUGCGGCCGGCCGCAGCAUCUCAGGCCGCAGGUCUGGCUUGGGGUAGUAUCUACCCGGCUUCGUCAUUGCCCGACAAAACCGCCAGUGAUGCCGCCCUCGCAUCCUCCCGGUAUACCGCCUCCAAUGAUCCCAGCUUUCGACGAGAGCCGGGGCCCCUUCGAUCCCAUUCCGGAGACGGACGUCCUCCGCGGAAAGUGUCGCAUCCAGUCGACGAUUCUGAUAGCCGUCGCACCGGACGGAAGCUUCGCGCGCCGGACCAGACUGCCCGGCGGCCGCCUGCGAAGAAAUCCGCAUCGAGUACUCCUUCAACAACGCCGACAGCAUCCACACAUCGCACCCCAACUGCCGAAGAUUCGCAGCAAUCGUCCGCUCGUUCCCAGUCUGCCUCCGUGGGGGCCCGCUUGAGAGACGCCGUUCGCCCACAGCCGCCACCAAAACCAUCUGUCAAACCCAAGCCAGUAGCAUUGAGGGCGUCCAAUCCAACAACAGCCCCUCCAGGGCUAUCUCCAGGGACCCCGGAGGUGUCUGGCAAGUCACCGACCAAAUCGACGUCGCGACCGCGGGUCACUCCAGCAUCGUCAGCAGACGAUGCCUUGGUUCCAGGCUUGGAUCGGAUGACACUCUCGGCGGGCAGUCCUGUUCGAUCAACCCCGCAGCUUAAACGAACUGUAACGCCCCCAUCGAGUGAUCCGGAGUCAUUAGGCCCCAAGUCUACCGAACCCGACGACGAAGAUGAGGUAGAUGACGAGGAGGAUGACGCGUAUAUGGAUAUCCUGAACAAGCUUCCCAAAGGAGUCGAUGUGACUGCCGCUCGACAGAUUCUCAAUGAUAUCGUUGUCCGCGGAGACGAAGUCCAUUGGGACGACAUCGCCGGUCUCGAUAACGCCAAGAAAGCCCUCAAAGAAGCCGUUGUCUACCCCUUUCUCCGACCUGAUCUUUUCUCUGGUCUACGUGAACCCGCGCGCGGCAUGCUCCUCUUUGGACCUCCAGGAACAGGGAAGACUAUGCUGGCGCGCGCCGUCGCUACGGAAUCCAGAUCGACCUUCUUCUCCGUCUCUGCGUCCACACUGACAUCCAAAUGGCAUGGUGAAAGCGAGAAGCUUGUGCGUGCUCUCUUCGGACUGGCCAAGGCUCUCGCCCCAUCCAUUAUCUUCGUCGAUGAGAUCGACUCGCUGCUCUCCGCUCGAUCUUCGGGAACUGAGAACGAAGCAUCUCGCCGGUCGAAAACGGAGUUCCUUAUUCAAUGGUCAGACCUGCAGCGCGCAGCAGCCGGCCGCGAGCAAAAGGAUAAGAAAAUCGGCGAUGCCAGCCGCGUGCUCGUCCUCGCAGCCACCAACAUGCCCUGGGACAUUGACGAAGCCGCUCGUCGCCGCUUCGUCCGUCGACAAUAUAUCCCUCUUCCGGAGCAUGAGGUCCGCGAACAGCAGCUCCAGAAGUUACUCAGUCACCAAGUGCACGAACUGUCCAGCGAAGAUAUUGAAGUCCUCGUCCAGGUUACUGAGGGCUUCUCCGGUUCUGACAUGACUGCUCUCGCCAAGGACGCUGCCAUGGGCCCUCUCCGGAACCUUGGGGAAGCGCUCCUUCAUACCCCGAUGGACCAGAUCCGCCCGAUCCGCUUCCAGGACUUCGAAGCGAGUCUCCUAUCCAUCCGACCUAGCGUGAGCAAGGAAGGGUUACAGGAAUACGAAGAAUGGGCUCGACAGUUCGGAGAGCGAGGUGGGUAGUUCUUUUCCCCCCCUCCCUCUGGCUGUUUGCAGUCCUUAUAACAAUCUCUACGUUGGUGUUGGGACUUUUUUGGGAUGGCGUACCGGGGGUGACAGGAUGGAAUUGGUAGGAUGCAUGCCCGGAUUGGUAGGCCAGACGGAUUGGUAUGUUGGUGUUUUUCUUGGAUUCUGGCCGGACGGUGCAUGGUAUGUUAUUGUUUGGGAUGAUGCAUUACUUUGAUGUGGGUAUCGCUGUAGGUGUACGUUGUGUGGGAUGAAGUCUAGUUCCAUCCGAUUUCAAUUCAACGCAUCAACGCAUCAACGCAACCAAAACCAAAACAAGCAGUCCAAC